AUGGUUUUCCUGCCUCCCACGCGCCAGGGCACUGUUGAUCAGCCAGUCGACGGGUCCCGGGGCGUAGCAAUGCGGAUGCUGCUCGAUGAGUUUGCCGCACUGAGAUUGAUUUCAAGGCCUGUUAUUCGAGUUACGGAUUACCUAUCAGUCGUCUCCUCCGUUAAUGAGAAAACGCAAUUACCGUCAAUCGAUCGAUUGAGGAUGAUACGCUGUCUGGGGAAUCUUUUGUGGGUAAAGGAGUCUCCUGAGGAGGGCGACGCCGAAAGUAAUCAUUUGCUUGACAAAGUUGUGGCAAUGAACUGUCUGGCCCAGGGCCUCCGUAGGAGCGUGGUUGAGGCCAUUCCAGAUCGCAUUAAACACGCGGACCACUGCCUGAUGAAUGCUUCGGUCGCGCUGCAACUUUUCAAUUUCCUCGAGGGACUCAUGACUAGUUGUGGGACGGAGAACAAAAGUAGGACGUUUUGCGAGGCUAUUUACAACUGCGCCUCUCAUGCUGUAGCAGAAGUGCCCUCCAAAUGUCUGCAAUGUCCCAAUCAGGUUUGUUCAUGUUCACCCUUUUACAUCCUAUAGGUUGAUUGGAGUGGAGAGCUGAUUGUCAUUGACGUUGUUCUCCUUUUCGCAGCUUCAGUCUCAAGCAGUCAGCCUGGUAAGGCAUCUCCUCUUCUUCAGUGAAUUAGCCGCGGCGCCGUGGGUUGAUGGCUUGCCGUUGGUGCCUCCUGGUCGCGAAGAGGAAUCUAAUCUGCCACAAGUUACACGGGAAGUCUUCGCCACCUCAUCACCUUCCGGUCUAUCUAUGCGCCUCCUUAUGUUUGCGACUCGCCUCUCCCCAACAAAUGCCUCCGCUGCGGCCUGGCUGCAAAUGGCAAACUGGUGCUUUACUCGCGGACAAAAUGGGGUAAACUACCGACCACGAAGACGAACAACCACCACCACCACCACCACCACCACCACCACCACAUAUUGUGUAUUUUUCUGA